AUGUUCCGACGCUGGCGGAUAAGCGCGCCAUGCCACUUGCACACAUACGUGCGGAAUUCCUCACAGCUUGCGGCACUGCCGGCAAAGGCGCCAUUUCAGCUCCAGCCCAGGAACGGCGCCUCGUCUCUGUCGGGCGCUGUAACAAGCAUCACCGCGCCGCGAUUGGCGGCGCAUGGCGGUGCGCAUACGUUCCAAUGGGAUGCUCCGCCGCGGAAUGUGCUGCUUGUCAAGAAACUAAACGAUGCUAACGUCACGUCCAGCUUUGACAGCGUGAUUCGGCACUUGCAGGGGUCGUACCCGCAGCUCAACAUCGUCGUGGACGAGCAUGUUUGGGAUCAGAUCAAGGACCGCCACGAGAAAAUCGUCCCAUUUCGCAUCGGAGACCGCCACAUGCUGGGCGACAAGAUCGAUUUUGUGAUUACGCUCGGCGGCGAUGGCUCGAUCUUGUACGUAUCGAGCUUGUUCGAUCAGAACGCUGUACCACCGGUGCUGAGCUUUUCCAUGGGCACGCUCGGAUUCCUCUUGCCGUACAAUAUUGAGUCGUUCCCUGCGGCGCUUAAGGAUGUGUUGGAGUCAAAGUUUACCUUGAUGCUGCGGAUGCGUAUGUCUGUAUCGCUAUGGGGGGAAACGCCUGGCGAAUGCCUGUCUUUUGCUGGCGAGCAGUAUUGCCGCGAGCUGCACUUUAUGAACGAGCUGGUGUUGCACCGCGGAAAUGAGCCGCACAUGACGACGAUAGAUGCAUACGUGAAUGGCGAGCAUCUCACGCAGGCGAUUGCGGACGGCUUGAUUGUGUCCACGCCCACAGGAUCGACAGCCUACGCACUCUCGGCAGGUGGGCCCAUUAUCCAUCCCUCGGCAGCCACCAUGAUGCUCACACCCAUCUGUCCACGUUCCUUGAGUUUUCGGGCUGUGGUUUUUCCCAGCGAUUCGUCGAUCCAAAUGUUUGUCGCGCCCCGCUCGCGCUCGAGCGCAGAAGUAUCCGUGGAUGGCAGAGCCGUGCAUAGACUCGCGCCGUACCAGUCGGCGCACGUCGGCAUGUCGUCAUUCCCCAUUCCCUGUAUCCAGUUUCCGCCUGCCGAGUCGGCAAUGCGCCGCUGCGGCAGUGCAUCGCCCGUCGUGGCCGACGAAUGGGUGCAUGAUAUCAACACGCUGCUGAAAUUCAAUGCAUCUUUCCGGCCGCGCAUCGCCGCGCGUCUCACGGCGCACGAUGCGGAGGAGGAGAGCUAUACGAGCCAAGCACGCGCCAUUCUGAAGCACGCACAUAAACGCCGCGGACGGCGCACGUAG